ACUACUCCCAUGAUGCAUCGCGAUGGUCACCUGGAGCGUCAUUGGUCAGCGGCGCGCGGCGUCCUUCGGGAAAUGUAGUCCCUUCCACUCUGGCGCGGUUACCCGGGGCAACAGACCCUUGGGCCUCAGUCUGACCCGGGUGCUGCAGCCCCGGGGCCUCGGCGGAUGGACAGCGAGGGAGGAGAAUGGCUUCCAUCAGGAAAAUCAGCCGUGCCACCCUCGGGAGCUUUGGGGACUUCAGUGAUGGUUCCUUCGAUGUCUCAAAGCUGGGAGAGAUGGAAAACUUGAAAAUGAGCAGAAGUCUCACCCAAGUAGCGCCCGGCCCCGGCCGAUUUCUACAAAGAAACGCAACGGUGGGUGAGAGGCUCUUUCUCUCCAAGGAGGACGCCGACCCCGGGAGCAAGCCGCGGCUCUCCUCCCGCGUGCCGCCCCCCACCGCCUCGAGGCUCAGAGCCAACGCCGUGCUCAUGAAGCUGGCCCAGAUAGAAACCAAGAUCAAAAGCCGGAAGGCGCCCGCCAGCCCGGCUGACACGGACUCCGACUCGAGGCCCACCCGGGACGGGCUCCCCAAGCCAGCAGAGCUUUCUCCGCAGGACACAGAUAGAACCUUCCAGAAGCAAGGCCGCGAGAGUCCCGGCAGCGGGAGGAGCACGCAGGCUGGGAGCGGCAGUCGGUUUCUGAAGAAGGGCCCACCUGUUGCAAACCCAGUCCCCGAAGCUUGUCCUGGGAGAGAGAGGAAUGUCCAAGUGCCCCCGCCAAAAGAACCUGCUGGAAAGUUUGGUUCCCCUGACAGCGACCAAGAGGAGAUGGAGGACCUGUCGGGGAGCCUGGCGGAAUGUUCUAGAGAGGAAGCAGCCUACAAGGGCCAGGGUCUCACCGGCGGUAAAGUCAGGGGUCAGGCCCCGGCCCCGCCCAGUGCAGAAGUUCCCAGCUCGAAGCCCUCCAGGCCGUGGCGCCAGCGCACCUCGCAGCCAGCUCGGGGCAGCGGUGGCCGGUCCAUGACCCCCUCCCCAGAGAUGCCCACUGCGGCUGACACAGCCUCGCACACUUCAUCCCCUUCCACCCUGGGUGCCUUCGCCAAGUCCGUGCCUUCUGAGAUGGGCCGCACCGAGCUCGCGUCCUCGGCCAGCAGCGAGGCCGGGCCUGGGUGGGAGUCGCCGUCGGAAGCCUCUGAGGACAGCCACAGUGAUUUCAGAAUCAACGUCCUGUCCCUGGACGACUUGGGCGGAGCCGUCAGUGAAACAUCCGCCGUGCCGGAGGACGAAGGUGCUCAGAGGGAAAAGCCACCGGGCGACCGCGCCCACGCCACGCCGCCUGCAGGGAAGCGGGCAGGGUCACGGCCAAGGUCGUCCGCCCGCCACCGGGCCUCCGCCUCUCCCGGGAACGCCCCCUCCGCGGAGAGGGGCCGGGACGCGGCCUCCACCACCGACAGCGAGAUCUCGGAGCACCUGGGCGCCCGCUCGGCCACCGCCAGCCCCGAGGACAGCGCGUCCCGCACGCCCUCGUCUCUCGGAGAGGCUGCGGGGGGCUCGGCUUACUCCGAGGACUUCGAGAGCUCCCCGGGCCCGUCAGCCUCCCAGCCGACUGCCCCUUCCCCGCAGACUGCGGACAGAACCCUGGACAGUCUGUCCGAGCUCUCCUCCGGCCUGGGGACACCCCCGUCCAGGAGGAGGCGGGGCAGGCACGGGCCGAGGACCAUGGUCAAGGAAACAGCCGUGCAGACCCUGGAUCCUGCGCUGGCCUGCCCGUGGGCGGCGGCGGCCGGCAUGGCGACCAUCGGGCCUGCCCUGGGAGGCGCCUACGUGGACCCAGCACCCAUCGCCAGCCACAUCGUCAGCGCGGAUGUGCUAGAAGCCCUGACAGCGCAGCGCCCGGCCGCCCUGGCCCUGGACGAGCUGCUAAGGCAGCAGCUGAGCCUGACACGGAACUUCGUGGAGGCCAGUCGGCACCUGCACGCGACCCUCCUGCAGUCCCUGGACGGCCACUCCUUCCACUACCACACCCUGGAGGAAGUCAAAGAGUACAUCAGGCGGCACAGGCCGGCCCGGCUGACCAUGGAGGACGCCCUGCAGGAGGUGAGGGAGGAGCUGUGAGCCCGGAGCAGAGCCCGAGUGGACACGCCCACGCCCAGGCUGUGGCGAGCAGGCAGAGUCCCGGUGGAGCCCUCUCUGCCCUGAGCAGGCCCAGAGCCAGCCUGGAGGAGGCAGGCUGAAGGGCGGAGCCCCUGCCGCAUGGCCCCACCUGCACCUGCACCCAGAACCCGCCGCCGCCUGACUGCAGCCGAGCCCACCUGGGAUUCCCACACAGAGGAAAGGGCUUUAAAAAAAGUCUUUAUUUGAAGGCAAAACAGUAAAAUCCACAAGAAGUCGUGAA